AGUGCGGGGUCCUGCGUCGCGGCCUCCUCAUCCCUUUCAAGGCGGGUGGUUUUCGGGGUAGCGCUGCUUUGGCGUGGGUCGGUACUAACGGACAAGGAGGCGGCUUAUCCCAUUCGAGUAAAAUGGGAUCGAAACAGAUUGCGCAGGAAACAUUUGAUGAUGCAGUGCAAGAAAACAUUACAGAAUUUGAAAUGGAUCCAGAAGAGGCUGUGAGAGAAGCUGUGCAGCAGUUUGAGUCCCAAGGUGUUGACCUAAGCAAUAUUGUGAAAGCUGUGCGGCAGCCUGCCUCUGAAAAUGGUCAAAAGCAAAAGCAUGAAAUUUUGCUGACUUUAGAUUCCCUUGGGAGAGCUGUUGCUGACUCUGAUCUUGCUGAGAUGGCUGAGCAGCUAGUGGUCUUCACUGAUCAGUGCAAAGAACAGCUGUCUUUCCGCUACCUGGCUGGGCAGAAUGGUGCCUAUUCUGUGGUAUUCUCUGCCUGCCAGUUGGCUUCAGGAGACAGAAAUUUAAUGCUGAAAGCCUUUUAUACACUGUCUGCCAUCUUGGAUGGGCAGCCAGACCUACUUGACUCCGCUGGCCAGGAUCUACUGCUACACACUCUGAAGGAAUAUAGGGAGGAUGCGGAAAUGACGCUGGCUGGGAUCCGAUGCAUUCGGCAUGCCUGUCUGAAACAUGAGCAGAAUCGUCAGGACUUUGUGAAAGGUGGGGUUCUGCCACUUCUGACUGGAGCUAUAGUCCAGCACGGAGACAGUGCUGAUGUCGUCCGAACGGCCUCCUCAGCGCUCAGGGUCAUGACGUUUGAUGAUGACAUCCGUGUGCCCUUUGGUCAUGCUCAUGAUCAUGCUAAAAUGAUUGUGUUGGAAAAUGAUGGGUUGAGAGUCCUCAUCGAAGCUGCAAAAGCAUUCACAGAUAACUCCAGUGUUCUCAGUGAACUGUGUGCCACCCUUUCUCGCCUCUCUGUCAGGAAUGAAUUCUGUCAAGAAAUUGUGGAUCUUGGUGGCUUAAAUUUUAUGGUGGCUCUACUGGCUGACUGCAUUGACCAUCCGGACGUGGUAAAGCAGGUGCUGAGCGCCAUCCGAGCAGUUGCAGGUAAUGACGACGUGAAAGAUGCCAUCGUUAAUGCUGGGGGAACAGACCUCAUUGUACUCGCUAUAAGCCAUCACCUUGCCAACCCUCAGAUCUGUGAGCAAGGUUGUGCAGCCUUGUGCAUGUUGGCUUUGCGCAAACCCGAGAACUGUAAUGUCAUCAUGGAAGGUGGAGGGGCGUUGGCAGCUCUUCAGGCCAUGAAAGCACACCCACGAGAAGUGGCUGUACAGAAACAGGCUUGCAUGCUGAUCCGCAACCUGGUCUCCCGGAGCCGGGACUUUUCUCAGCCCAUCUUAGAGAUGGGAGCUGAGAACCUAAUAACAGAAGCUCGUGCAACACACAGGGACUGCGAUGACGUGGCCAAAGCCGCACUGCGGGAUCUUGGCUGCAAAGUGGAGCUCCGAGAGCUGUGGACAGGUCAGAAGGGAAGCCUAGCUCAGUGAAUCUCCACUCCACUGAGCCAUGAAGCUUCAAGACAUCUAUGUACAUGAAACCUAAGGGGGGAAAACAAAGUGGCAUGGAUUAAUUUGCAGUUACAUUGAACUGGAAUAUCUGAAGCAAAUGCCUGGCUUGUGAGGCUGCAGUGAACUUUCUAUUGGGAGCUACAGCUGAAACGGCUUUAUGCAUUCACAGGCAGCAAAUCAACUCUGUGUAGUAAUCAUUCCCUGAAUCAUCUAAUGCCUGAAGAUGAUCUGCUCCCCCCUGUUGUUAUGUAUGUUCCUUGUGUACAGAACGGGGCUGUUUCCACAUGCUCUGUUCUAUACAGGAAGAGCAAAAGUGGCUCUUUCCUGAUAGGAGUUUGGUACGUACCAUGGCAGCUGGUUCUGAUUUGUUUCUCUGCCGAUGGAGGCUAGCAGCCUGAUCUGGUUAACGGGAUGGAUGAGGAGAAAUCCCAUCAUUUGUGAAUGUGUUCUGUCCUGUUGUACUAUUCUGCUGUUAUUUUACUGCUGACCAUAUUCUGUGUUGCUGCUUCAGUUUGGAUUUUCAGCCAACAUAACAUUUUUAAACAAAAGCAAAGUAAGCAUUUUGGAUAGUGUGGCCCAAAGCAACGUACUUUGAUGUUGCCAUUUGCAUCCAGGAGGAAAGUUCAUGUUCUCUUUCAGCGAGAUGAGCAAGUUGGGGCGGCAGGGAGGGGACUGCUUGCGAGGAUGGCAGUUUCAAAGCAGGGACAAACUAGCAGUGGUACCACACAGCAGGAAGCCAGCACCAGGGAGCCCGCGCUUUGGUUAUCUCUUAGCAGGGCGGUGCUUCCCUGAAUCCAAGGGUGCUGUAAUUGUAAUGAAGAGGCCGUGCGCCUCAUGGUCUGAAGGCAGCUGUGGACCUGGGGGCAAAACAGGGGAGGUGAAACAUCCAGAAAGGAUCUGAAGGCUCAGCUAAAGGCUUCUGUGUGCCCCUAUUUCUUGCUGGGCUGUGUUGUUACUAGCCCUGCUCUGGUCCUGAACCUUCCUCCUGCGCUGCUACUGAUGUUGUGUUUGAGUGGAUGUUUUCUAAUGUGAUAUUCUCUGUAGAAAUGUUGACCCUAUAAAACAUAAAAAUGUACAAGGGUGGUUGGCUCUUUAUGGAGCCUUUUUGAGGCAGGAAA